UGCUAUGAUUGCUACCUUUAUAAUCCGCAUGAGUGGCAAAUUUCUUUUAUUUACUAACUUUUCUUUAUUCAGAUGGCAUUAUCUAUAUCCCAAAUACCAGCCGACGCCCAGCAUUAUUUGGUGUGUGGCACUGAAGACUGUGAGAAGAACAGUCAAUUUUACUGCAAUGAAUGUCACCAACCAAUAUGUGAACAAUGCAGGGAUGAACAUCUAAAGAAUAAAAAAACAAAGAACCAUGAAAUAGUUCCUUAUAAGCAACGAAAUCGACGACUUCCUGUAGAAAAAUGCAAGAUCCACCCCGCAAAAGACAAAGAUCUUCUCUGUAAAGAAUGCCAGAUUCCCCUUUGUUCUAAAUGUGCUGCCACAAAAGAACAUCACAGUCAUGUGUUUACCGACCUAGAAAUAGUCUUUGAUGGAAAGGUUUCCCUAUGCCAAGAAGAAAUUGCCAAAAUUCGAAAUUAUUUUGAGCCUACUUCGCAAGGCUUAAAAACAGAAAUUGCCGGAGAUGUCACAGAAAUAAAGAAGAUCAUAGACGGCAUAAGAACCUCCAUGAAGGCUGAAGCUGAGUCUGUGAAAAAGCUGGUAGACACAGUAACAUCAGAAAAAAUAGAACAAGUCAACAAAGUAGAACAAUCAUUAUUACAUACAUUAAACGGUCAAAACCAAGAAAUAGAUAAUUAUAUCAACUAUCUCAGUGAUUUAAUCAAAACGUUUUAUGGUUACCUAUCUCCUUCAAACAUACAGCAAUUAACAUUUUCUCUCAAAUCAGAGAACUUUGUCAUAAGACCCAUACCAGAGACAUCCAAACCAGUCCCACCCGUAUUUACUGCUGGUCAAUACAGCAAGAAAGAUAUCGCCAAACUACUGGGUAGAAUAAUUGUUCCAAACACUAAACCAGAGAACAGAAAAACAAAACUCAUGGAAACUGUCUCAACAAAGUUGAAACCUACAGAGAAGCAUAGAAAUCGGGAAAGGGAGAAAGGACUAUGUGCGUCCUUUGAUGUGAAACAAACAUUAUUUCUAUUUUCCUCUAUCACCAAGGUCAGGGAGUACAAAGUACCAGGUGUUAAUAACCUAUUUCAUAUAUCACUAGGUAAAUCAGGCAGACUCUGGGUCAGUGAUAUAUAUAGUAACCUUGUCCAAACAGAUCUACAGGGAAAUAAGCUACAGAAGAUACGAACCAGUGGUAGGGAUGAAGGCUACCACACAGUCAAACAGGACGGGGAUCUGAUCUAUACAGACAGACCAAAUAAAGUUAUAAAUAGGAUAACACCGGAUAAUACAAUCAAUGAAUUUAUUAAAACAGGAGACUGGGCACUACUCAGUAUACACUCCUCCCAAAUCAAUGGGGACUUACUGGUGGGGAUGAAGACAGAUGAAGAGGGUAAAGUCACCAGGUACAACAAGACAGGGACAGAAAUACAGAACAUACAGAGAGACAACAAUGGACAGGGACUGUGUAGUACACCACACUACAUCACAGAAAACAUGAAUUGUGAUGUCUUUGUGUCAGACUAUUACAGUAAUGCUGUAGUGGUGGUGAAUAAAUCAGGACAACACAGGUCCUCCCACACAGGUCAGGAGACAGGGUUUACUCCCUAUGGAAUAUGUACUGAUGUACUUGGUCACAUCCUAGUGUGUGAUCUUUUAAGUGACACAGUUUAUCUCCUGGAUCAGGACGGUCAGUUUUUGUCUAUACUACUCACAGAACAACAAGGGGUGAAGCAUCCCCGUAGUGUGUGUGGGGAUGAUGAGAACAAUCUCUGGGUCGGACAAUGGUACACAAAAACAGUGACAGUGUACAAGUAUCUACAGUGAACAUUAAAAAUACGUUCAUCAAUUAGGUACUGUGUGUAUGUUGUGAGACAAUGUGACAACAACACUGUGAUAGUGUACAAUUAAUGGAAUCUAUACAGUGUAAAUUGGAGUACAUAUACAUCACAUGACCCUUCAUAUGUAUGUUUGUUCGUAUAUCAAUUAAUGGAUUGUUUUUAUUGCCAAAGAAUCGACAAAUAAAUGUUUAG